GCGUGCUCGGGCAAUCCACUCUUCUCUCUCACGUGCCCAGCUCUCAAAGCCCCGCCGCGCAGCGCGAUCCCUCCGAGGAGGACGAAGUGCCUACCGGGGCGUACGCGGCGGCGGACAAGAGUCCGUGCUCCUUCCGCCGCCCCUUCUCCUUGAAGUAGAACCCGAUUCCUGGUGCGAGCAUCGAGCUCAGCCUUUGCACUUUUCACUGCGCUCGCUUGAGCGUGUCCUCGAGUGGGUGAAUCCGGGGGAGAGAGAAAGAGUAGAGGCCAAUGGAGACCUCUCAAGAGGAUGCUCCCGUCUUCCUCGAUCGCCGCUCUCGAGCCACGAGAGGAAAGAGGAUGACCAACUUGCUGGAUGACGAAGUCGAGCAGGAUGAGCUGUUCUGGAACCAAGAAGCCCUUAAAGAUGAAGAGAAUGAUGAUAAUUAUGAAGAGGAGCCUGAAGUCGCGGAUGUAUUUGACAGCGACUUUGAUGAAGAUGAGCCUGAUCCUGAUGAAGAAAUUGCUGAUGAUGGGGCUGAGAGGGAGCGUCCGAAGAAGCGGUUAAUCUAUCCAGGAAAGACUGCAAAAAAGAAGAAAAAGAAACAGAAAGUUCUUACAAAAUUGGAGGAAACUCCCAAGGUUGAGAAGCCUUCUCAACAGUCUGCUCACAACGAGAGCCAUGACGUGUCCGAUGAGGUAGAAGUUGAGAGAACGGUGAGAAAGUCUACAAGAACUGCGGUGAUUGUUAGACAGGCAGAGAGAGAUGCAAUACGUGCUGCUUCGCAAGCAACGAUGAAGCCAAUAAAAAGAAAAAAGGAAGGAGAGGAGAAGAGGAUGACCCAAGAAGAAAUGCUUUUGGAAGCUGCCCAAACAGAAAUUAUGAACUUAAGAAACUUAGAACGUGUGUUGGCAAGGGAGGAAGAAGUUAAGAAAAGAGCGAUUGUGCAUAAAGCUGUAUACAGUGGUCCACAGAUAAGAUACAUCUCUAAAGAUGGUCUAUCAUUUCUGGAGUUUACUAAAGAAGUAUCUUUUCAGUCUGAGAUUCCUACAGCAUCUGUUCCAUAUCCAGAGAAAGCUGUAUGUGCAGUCACAGGAUUGCCAGCCAAAUACCGUGAUCCAAAAACAGGGCUACCAUAUGCUACAAAAGAAGCUUUUAAGAUUAUUCGGGAACGUUACUCAGCAGAGACCAGUGGGGUUCAAAAUGAGAUGAACAUGGGUGUAUUGUAUGAUUCUCUAUCCGGGAAAGGUUUCUCAGCUAGGCGGAAGAGAUCUGAACCUUCAAACAAAGGUGAAACAUCCUAUUUACGGUACUUGGCUCGGUUUCGCAGCGUACCGUGUCUCGAAAUUGAUUCAUCAGAAUAGCUGUUGGGUGCCCUUUUGCUGAGUCUGAUGUCCAAUAUCGACAAGCAUCGAGCUCAUUCAGAGUUGGGCAGCUGUUUGAGCUUUUUGUAAUCUGAAGAAGGGAAGGAACUGAAUCCUUCAGAAGCUAGGACGAAGAUCAGUGUUCCGCUCAUUUGCAUUGGAGAAACUGGAUCAGUGGAUAUGCUUGUGCUUUUUCAGACAGGUGAGGAAGGGGGAGAAAUCUUCUGUUUGCACUCGAGGAAACUACUGUGCCAUCAAAUUAUUAGAUUUCUGUAGGUGUCUGGAUUCCUGUUGCAAUGGUUUAUUUUUUAUCCAUGAGAGCAGAAAGAAUCGAGAACCGGUCUCUCUUCUUGGCUGGUGAGGACUGUAAAGAGCACUCCAUUCUGAAAGUAGCCGAGAUGUGCUAGAAAUUGGACAUUGGCAUAUGUCACACAGCAUUGAACAUUCCCUCAAGCCGGAAAUCCCGACUGGGAUUUGCAGUCGCCUUUGCAAAACGUUUGUGUGAUCAAGUAAAUGUGCCAGAUAAAUAGACAGAUGCCCUUAUUAACUCAAACUCUUCGAGGUUCUUCAUCGUCUAUAAAUUGUAUAUUCAUGUGUUUCUUUCUCCUGUCAAUUGGAUGAAAAGAUGACAAGAAUGAUAAAUGGUAGAUUUUGUGGUC